AUGCAGGUCACACCGUUUGUUCAAGUUCGAGACCUUGCUCCGUCGGCUUCCUUCUAUGCGGCCAUCGUCCAGCCGCUCGGCCUGCGAUAUAUAUCUGCCAGUUCCUCUUCGAUAAUCUUUGGUGACGUUAACUCACCUACUCCUGAACCGGUUUUCGAGGUGAAGCAAAGCACCGAUCCCAGUUCAAGACCAGUAAGACGCUGUCGCUUGAUCCUCUCGGCGAACUCACCUUCAGUCGUUUCCGCCUUCCAUACAGCCGCCCUACGAGCUAAUCCUGACCUGGAGGGUGCCGGUGCUAACGUUAACUAUCUCCGUUUCUACAAUACUUCGGAUUCGACCAGCGAGAGCUGCGCAAGGGCUGCAGACUUUGACGGCAACAUAAUGGAAGCCGUCCAUAUUCCCCAUCCCGACUACGCUGGAAGCCAUGCAGGCUCGUCCGUGCGUCGUACCCAUUCAUCAUCCCAUGAAGUCAGCCGUGUCCUUGAUUGGAAUCUAGAUGUUGGUACUACCUCGGUUCCUUCGAGAUCCGUCGCAAGCUCAGCUACGCCUAGCUCGACUGCAGUCAGCCGCACGUCCGAUGGCGAGCCCUAUACCUUGAUGCGGAAAAGCAUUACAACUUCGACCGUCGAGGCUUCACCGCGCGAGGAAUCAAAAGGGUUCAGUGCUAGUGCCAUGGUUGGCACCAUCCUGAGUGUAGCUGCUGGUGUAGCUGCCGGUGGCGCGUUGACCUAUUCCAUGAUGAAGGGUGGCGAGCGCGAGCGCGAGCGGAUGGCUUACCGGGAGGCCGCGCCACCGCUUUCGCGACGCACGACAUACCCAGACAACAACUCGGAUAAUCGACCUAGAUAUUAUCCACCAUCCAGUUACUCCGGUGGACAUUCCCAGGCCGGCGGCCCGAGAAGCAGAGUGGUUGAAGAACUUGAUGAUCGUGCCAGCCGACAUUCAAGUCAUCAUAGCACUGGCAGCCGAACCCGGGGUCGCAGCGAGGCAGGUUCUACAAGGCGUCCGUUAAUGAUUGCCGACGUCGAGCAUAGGAGUAAUGCGGGCUCGAAGCACAGCGAUUCGCCAAGGCUCUUGAUGGACACAGAACACCGCAGUCAUUCGAGCACCAAGCACAAUUCGGACAGCCGCAGCCAUGCGGGAUCGAGACACAGUGCAACGACACCCAAGCAUUCACCCCGGUAUUCACCCGAGUCUGAUCAGCGUGGUUACUUAAGUUCGAAACAUGCGUCACCGCGGCAUCGUGAAGCCGAUGCUGAGACCUAUAUAUCUGCUCGGAGCGAGAGAUCGGCCGCUACGGUUCGACAAGCCCGGCCACCCGCCUCGGUUGAAACCGCGCCGCCGUCGCGAGCGCAAUCUCAGGCUGGUAGCCGGUAUUCCGCCGCCACGGCCAGGCCUAGCGGCCCCGGUCGCGCUCAUAGUUACGCUUCGGCUAGGAGCAUCCCAUUUCAAGAGAGCUACGUUGGAAGUUGUCAUAAUGGAUGGGACGAUGAUUUGAGCAGCAUUGCGCCUAGCGAAAGCAUCAGCAAUAUUGGCUAUCGCCACGCUAGACGAUCACAGCGCGCAUGA